CGCAAAAAUUUAACCUUACAAUUCGUGACAGGCAAUUUUCAGUGGUAUACGGAGUGUUCUUUUCUACUCGAUAUUACCAAAAGAAUCUUUCAUCAAAAUGGAAUGUUUAAUUGGAAUACAGUUUAAAGAUUUUGUAUUAGUUGCAGCCGAUAUGACUACGGUUCAAUCUAUUAUGGUUAUGAAAAAUGAUGAACAAAAGAUUCAUAAAAUGUCCGAUAAACUUGUUAUGGCAGUCUCUGGACAAUCUGGCGACACCAUUCAAUUCUCGGAAUACAUUGGAAAGAAUAUACAACUUUAUAAAAUGAGAAAUGGUUAUGAAUUAUCGCCGAAAGCUGCUGCCUCCUUUACUAGAAGAAAUUUGGCAGAUUACCUUAGAAGUACAACGCCGUACUUUGUUAACUUGUUAAUGGCAGGCUAUGAUAAUAAUAAUGGACCAGAACUGUACUUCAUUGAUUAUCUAGCAUCGUGUGUUAGAGUGCCUUAUGCAGCGCAUGGUUACGGAGGAUUUUUCUCUCUUUCUAUUUUAGACAGAUAUCACAAAUACGACUCAACGGAAGAGGAAGCAUACAUACUAAUGAAGAAAUGCGUCAGAGAAAUACAUAAACGGUUAAUAGUUAAUCUUCCCAAUUUCAAGGUACAAAAGGUAUCCAAAGACGGUAUAAAAGAAUUGGAACCAAUCACAGCAAAAGUUUUGGCAAUGGAAGAUGCUGAUAAAUCAUAAGUAUCCGUCUCUGUUCGCUCCGUUUGUAAUAUCGUUUUCACAACUGAGAGGAUAAAUGUAUUAACAUAAAAUCUGCUCAAUAACUAAUA